AUGAUUCCAUUCCGCGUCAUUCCACAGCACGACGGUCCUGAUGGAUGUCCCACCGCCACGAGCUUCAUACAGGAAAAGACGGAAAAGGAACUCAAAGAAGCCUAUGACAGCGUUCCCAAAGCCUCUGAUCCUUCAGCGAAUGCGCCACUUUCAAUGGCUCAAGAUGCCAGCCAACCAUGGCUCAUGUUCUGGAUCAUCAACAGUUUCCAGCUCAUGGGUGUACAGUUGGAUGUAGCCACCAAACAGCGUGCCAUCGACACCUUGAUGCAAUGCCAAUCUCCCGAUGGAGGCUUUGGCGGAGGACCAAAGCAAGCGCCUGGGCUACUUCCUACAUAUGCGGCUGUAUCUACACUUGCGUGUGUCGGACAUCCCGGUCCUGGUGGAGGCUGGGAUCAGAUCGACAGACAGAAGAUGUACGCUUGGUUCAUGUCGCUCAAGCAACCUGAUGGCUCCUUUCUCGUAUCGAGGAAUGCCGAGAUUGACGUGCGCGCCAUCUAUUCGCUUCUUGUCACCGCGACGCUGCUAGACAUGAUGACACCCGAACUGGUCGCUGGUACAGCUUCGUUUAUUGCCUCUACACAGACAUAUGAAGGCGGCUUUGCCUCGACGUCUGCGCCCUACUACAUCUCUGCGGACACAUUGAUGGAUGAGCCUCGACCAGCAUUGGGAGAGGCACACGGCGGAUAUGCUGGAUGCGCCAUUGCGUCUUGGGUCUUACUUAAACCGUUUAUGACAGAAGAAGAGUCGAAGAAGCUCAACGUUGACAAGUUUUUGCGUUGGCUCGUCUGGAUGCAAGGCGAGCAAGCAGACUAUGGUGGAUUCCGAGGAAGGUCAAACAAGUUGGUAGAUAAUUGCUAUUCAUGGUGGUGCGGAGAGUCGCUUGCCAUCGUGGAAUCAAUGUUGGAUUUACAAGAGGAGACGGGACAUGAAGACGAGUUUAUUGAAGACGAGGGGGAUGACGAGUGGGUCGAUACAGACUGGUGGCUAUAUAACAAUAAGGCCCUCCAAGAGUACAUUCUCGGCCUCGGACAAGAUAAUGCCGGUGGUCUGCGCGACAAACCCAGCAAGAGAGCCGAUGUAUAUCACACUUUCUAUUCCCUCGCUGGAUUCUCCACAGCACAGCAUAGAGUGUAUCAAUCCAAGUCUCUACAAGGGUCGUUACGGAACAAGUGGAAACCUUCCGAGGCGUUUACACCAUCCACGGCCAAAGGCGAGGAUGACCGACGGCAAGCGACCCGUAAAGAGUUGUGGAUCAAUGCGCGGUCAUGGAAGGAGGACGAAAGCUCUCAUCGUUACGUGGGGAGUCCCAAUAAUCGCGUGAAUGCCAUUCACCCCGUCUUCACACUAUUGAUCAGCCAGGCUUCCAACAUCAUGGAUCACUUUUACGGUCAAACAUCUCCUCCAAAGUCUUAA